CCGCCUAAUGGAAAAGUUUACCGAAAAUCGUGUUCCACUUCAACUUCGCCUCAAUUCGCAAUCAAUUAUAACAAUCUUCCAAGCGCUGAAAAGAACAAAAUAAAAAUAAAUAAACGACUGUGCGUACAUAACUAAAUAAUCUAGAACCUAUUUUACCUCAAUAAAUAAUUGGUUCAAGCGAACCCGUACAAGCGACAAAGUUUCUUGUUUUGUAAAUACCAACACAUACUCACCUACUCAUAUUUACAAACAAAUAAACGACUCCCACUCCCUUCGAAUAGUGAAUCCUUUUCUGGCUCCAACGUGAAAAUCUGAGUUCUUCUAAGUGCGCGCAGAAAAGCAUUUUAUAAACGAAUUCUGCGGAACAUAAAAAAUUCUAUGCGAGGCUUGCCAAUUUAAUAAUUUGGAAAAUAUUUAGCCAGGCGCUGAAGUGCAAGGACAACGAACGAUUUUAAGUAACUCUACUAAUCAACGGCAAACGGGGUUUCUGCGGAGAAGCAACGAAGAUUAGUGCAGCAGAAAGGAGUAAACUCGGACCCUGUGAACCAGGAUAUCAAAGACGACAAUUGGCCAUGGGUAGCAAUAUCAUACAACUACCUUGGGUACCGAAUUUUCGUGGCGGCAAAAUUGCCGCGGAGAUUUCUAGUCCGGGACCAGCGUGUGUGCAAUUACCAACUUUAGUCGGCAAAAAAGUGCCUGACUCAAAGAAACCAGGCGCUCCAGCAUUUUCUUUUGGUCAAAAACAUCGCAGAAAUUACGAUUCGAUUGGACCAGGGCCAGCACAAUACGACGUCACUGGCUUGGGCAUGAAAGGCAAAGCUACACCAACAGCUGCAAGUUUGCGCAGCCGCCCCAAAGAUAAGAUAGUUUUCACCACACCCGCACCGGGGGAAUACGAUGUGGACCGUGGUGCAAAAGCCAUCAUCGAUGCAACGCCAAAGUACUCAUUUGGACAAAAACCGCCAAAGGAGAAGCCAAGCCUAACACCUGCUCCAAAUAGUUACUGCCCUGAGGUAUCAUUUAUUAAAAAAAAAUCACCGAGCUACACUUUUGGUAGAAGAACGAAGCUCAACUUCGAUAAGGGGACACCAGCACCUGGAGAGUAUCAACCGGAAAAAGUUCGCCUAGACCGCAGCCCCGCAUACUCAAUUGCGGGAAGACAUGAGAUUAAAAAAAGCACCGAUUCUCCGGCACCGGGAGCAUAUUGCCCUGAAAAUGUUCGUCUUGAUCAUGCUCCUGCUUACACAAUAAGUGGUAGACAUAGAACUGUGGUUCAAAGUGAUACCCCUGCCCCUGGGGCGUAUUGUCCCGAAAAAGUUCGAUUAGAUAGCACACCUUCGUAUACAAUAAGCGGUAAGCAUGGAAUCAUUUCAAUACAAGACUCCCCAGGUCCAGCGAAUUAUUGUCCCGAAAAAGUGCGACUUGAUCACACUCCCGCGUAUACAAUGGCCGGAAAACACAAUCCCAAAAUAAGUAACAACACACCCGCUCCUGGAGAUUAUUGCCCCGAGAAAGUGAAAUUGGAUAAUACACCGGCCUACACCUUCGGAGGGAAGUAUGAUCCAAAACACAAUAACAAUACUCCGGCGCCAGGUGAUUAUUGUCCCGAAAAAGUGCGACUUGAUCACACUCCCGCGUAUACUAUGGCCGGAAAACACGAUCCCAAAAUAAGUAACAACACACCCGCUCCUGGAGAUUACUGUCCUGAGAAAGUAAAAUUGGAUAAUACACCGGCCUACACCUUCGGAGGGAAGUAUGAUCCAAAAUACAAUAACAACACUCCGGCACCAGGUGAUUAUUGUCCCGAAAAAGUUCGACUGGAUCACACUCCAGCCUACUCCAUGGGUGGACGACAUGACUUACAAAAGCCCAGUGACACACCAGCUCCAGGAGCUUAUUGUCCCGAGAAUGUGCGACUCGAUCAUAGCCCAGCGUUUACGAUGGCUGGAAAACACGAUCCCAAAAUAAGUAACGACACACCCGCCCCUGGAGAUUACUGCCCCGAGAAAGUGAAACUGGAUAAUACACCAGCCUACACUUUUGGAGGGAAGUAUGAUCCAAAAUACAAUAACAACACUCCGGCACCAGGUGAUUAUUGUCCCGAAAAAGUUCGACUGGAUCACACUCCUGCCUACUCCAUGGGUGGACGACAUGACUUACAAAAGCCCAGUGAUACACCAGCUCCAGGAGCUUAUUGUCCCGAGAAUGUGCGACUCGAUCAUAAUCCAGCGUUUACGAUGGCUGGAAAACACGAUCUCAAAAUAAGUAACGACACACCCGCUCCUGGAGAUUACUGCCCCGAGAAAGUGAAAUUGGAUAAUACACCGGCCUACACUUUUGGAGGGAAGUAUGAUCCAAAAUACAAUAACAAUACUCCGGCACCAGGUGAUUAUUGUCCCGAAAAAGUUCGACUGGAUCACACUCCAGCCUACUCCAUGGGUGGACGACAUGACUUACAAAAGCCCAGUGACACACCAGCUCCAGGAGCUUAUUGUCCCGAGAAUGUGCGACUCGAUCAUAGCCCAGCGUUUACGAUGGCUGGAAAACACGAUCCCAAAAUAAGUAACGGCACACCCGCCCCUGGAGAUUACUGCCCUGAGAAAGUGAAAUUGGAUAAUACACCGGCCUACACUUUUGGAGGGAAGUAUGAUCCAAAAUACAAUAACAAUACUCCGGCACCAGGUGAUUAUUGCCCCGAAAAAGUUCGACUGGAUCACACUCCAGCCUACUCCAUGGGUGGACGACAUGACUUACAAAAGCCCAGUGAUACACCAGCUCCAGGAGCUUAUUGUCCCGAGAAUGUGCGACUCGAUCAUAGCCCAGCGUUUACGAUGGCUGGAAAACACGAUCCCAAAUUAAGUAGCGGCACACCCGCCCCUGGAGAUUACUGCCCCGAGAGAGUGAAAUGGGAUAAUACACCGGCCUACACCUUCGGAGGGAAGUAUGAUCCAAAACACAAUAACAAUACUCCGGCACCAGGUGAUUAUUGUCCCGAAAAAGUGCGACUUGAUCACACUCCCGCGUAUACUAUGGCCGGAAAACACGAUCUCAAAAUAAGUAACGACACACCCGCUCCUGGAGAUUACUGCCCUGAGAAAGUGAAAUUGGAUAAUACACCGGCCUACACUUUUGGAGGGAAGUAUGAUCCAAAAUACAAUAACAAUACUCCGGCUCCAGGUGAUUAUUGUCCCGAAAAAGUUCGACUGGAUCACACUCCAGCCUACUCAAUGGGUGGACGACAUGACUUACAAAAGCCCAGUGACACACCUGCUCCAGGAGCUUAUUGUCCCGAGAAUGUGCGACUCGAUCAUAGCCCAGCGUUUACGAUGGCUGGAAAACACGAUCCCAAAUUAAGUAGCGGCACACCCGCCCCUGGAGAUUACUGCCCCGAGAGAGUGAAAUUGGAUAAUACACCGGCCUACACUUUUGGAGGGAAGUAUGAUCCAAAAUACAAUAACAAUACUCCGGCACCAGGUGAUUAUUGUCCCGAAAAAGUUCGACUGGAUCACACUCCAGCCUACUCCAUGGGUGGACGACAUGACUUACAAAAGCCCAGUGAUACACCAGCCCCAGGAGCUUAUUGUCCCGAGAAUGUGCGACUCGAUCAUAAUCCAGCGUUUACGAUGGCCGGAAAACACAAUCUCAAAAUAAGUAACGACACACCCGCUCCUGGAGAUUACUGUCCCGAGAAAGUGAAAUUGGAUAAUACACCGGCCUACACCUUCGGCGGGAAGUAUGAUCCAAAACACAAUAACAAUACUCCGGCACCAGGUGAUUAUUGUCCCGAAAAAGUGCGACUUGAUCACACUCCCGCGUAUACUAUGGCCGGAAAACACGAUCUCAAAAUAAGUAACGACACACCCGCUCCUGGAGAUUAUUGCCCCGAGAAAGUGAAAUUGGAUAAUACACCGGCCUACACCUUCGGAGGGAAGUAUGAUCCAAAAUACAAUAACAACACUCCGGCACCAGGUGAUUAUUGUCCCGAAAAAGUUCGACUGGAUCACACUCCAGCCUACUCCAUGGGUGGACGACAUGACUUACAAAAGCCCAGUGACACACCAGCUCCAGGAGCUUAUUGUCCCGAGAAUGUGCGACUCGAUCAUAGCCCAGCCUAUACUAUGGCCGGAAAACACGAUCUCAAAAUAAAAAACGACACACCCGCUCCUGGAGAUUACUGUCCCGAGAAAGUGAAAUUAGAUAAUACACCGGCCUACACUUUUGGAGGGAAGUAUGAUCCAAAAUACAAUAACAACACUCCGGCUCCAGGUGAUUAUUGUCCCGAAAAAGUUCGACUGGAUCACACUCCAGCCUACUCCAUGGGUGGACGACAUGACUUACAAAAGCCCAGUGACACACCAGCUCCAGGAGCUUAUUGUCCCGAGAAUGUGCGACUCGAUCAUAGCCCAGCCUAUACUAUGGCCGGAAAACACGAUCUCAAAAUAAAAAACGACACACCCGCUCCUGGAGAUUACUGUCCCGAGAAAGUGAAAUUGGAUAAUACACCGGCCUACACUUUUGGAGGGAAGUAUGAUCCAAAAUACAAUAACAACACUCCGGCUCCAGGUGAUUAUUGUCCCGAAAAAGUUCGACUGGAUCACACUCCAGCCUACUCAAUGGGUGGACGACAUGACUUACAAAAGCCCAGUGACACACCAGCUCCAGGAGCUUAUUGUCCCGAGAAUGUGCGACUCGAUCAUAGCCCAGUGUUUACGAUGGCUGGAAAGCACGAUCCCAAAAUAAGUAUAGACACACCCGCUCCUGGAGAUUAUUGCCCCGAGAAAGUGAAAUUGGAUAAUACACCGGCCUACACCUUCGGAGGGAAGUAUGAUCCAAAAUACAAUAACAACACUCCGGCACCAGGUGAUUAUUGUCCCGAAAAAGUUCGACUGGAUCACACUCCAGCCUACUCCAUGGGUGGACGACAUGACUUACAAAAGCCCAGUGACACACCAGCUCCAGGAGCUUAUUGUCCCGAGAAUGUGCGACUCGAUCAUAGCCCAGCCUAUACUAUGGCCGGAAAACACGAUCUCAAAAUAAAAAACGACACACCCGCUCCUGGAGAUUACUGUCCCGAGAAAGUGAAAUUGGAUAAUACACCGGCCUACACUUUUGGAGGGAAGUAUGAUCCAAAAUACAAUAACAACACUCCGGCUCCAGGUGAUUAUUGUCCCGAAAAAGUUCGACUGGAUCACACUCAAGCCUACUCCAUGGGUGGACGACAUAACUUACAAAAGCCCAGUGACACACCAGCUCCAGGAGCUUAUUGUCCCGAGAAUGUGCGACUGGAUCACACUCCAGCCUAUACUAUGGCCGGAAAACACGAUCUCAAAAUAAAAAACGACACACCCGCUCCUGGAGAUUACUGUCCCGAGAAAGUGAAAUUGGAUAAUACACCGGCCUACACUUUUGGAGGGAAGUAUGAUCCAAAAUACAAUAACAACACUCCGGCUCCAGGUGAUUAUUGUCCCGAAAAAGUUCGACUGGAUCACACUCCUGCCUACUCCAUGGGUGGACGACAUGACUUACAAAAGCCCAAUGACACACCAGCUCCAGGAGCUUAUUGUCCCGAGAAUGUGCGACUUGAUCACACUCCCGCGUAUACUAUGGCUGGAAAACACGAUUCCAAAAUAAGUAAUGACACACCAGCUCCGGGCGAGUACUAUCCCGAAAAGGUUCGACAAGAUCACAUACCGUCCUUUACCAUAACCAGUCGCAAGUAUUUGACUCAUGUCGACAACACUCCAUCUCCAUGCGAUUACAAGCCCGAGGAGUGUAAGCUUGACUAUUCGCCAGCGUACACCUUUGGCAUGAAGAUGAACACAGUCGUAAGAAGCGAAUCACCAGCACCAGGACAAUAUCAGCUAGAGAAAAUUAAUUUGGAUCGAGGACCAGCGUACACGUUCGGCAUAAAGGUGACUCGUGACAUAGUCAGUGAGACCCCAGCACCCACUGCUUAUGAACCAGAAAAGCACAUCCUCGAACAUGCACCCUCCUUUACUUUUGGAUUAAAACCCAAGGACGACAGGCUUGGUUUGAAUGCGCCAGCACCUGGCCACUAUCGUCCUGAAAACUAUAAAUUAGAUAAUUCACCCGCUUUUACGUUUGGUUUGAAAGUUCCACCCAUGCCAGCUCUUCCAAAGGGUGCUUAUGUAGAAGAUCGCAUUUUACAAAGACGUGAACGGCGUUUAACGAGUCCCGUUCGCACCAAUCAAAAUCAGAAUAAACUUAACGCUGAUGAUGUAAAUUUCAAAACAACGGUUACCGUAACCGAAGUCUGUGCCAAUAAUGUCGACCACACACCCACAUCGAUACUCACCACAACCACGAGAGUAAUGGGUGAGCAAGGUGAGCAAAAAAUGAGCAAAGAAAUUCAAAAACACAACGGUAGUGACAUUAAGGCAAACAGCACGGCUAUCAGCACCAUACAGCACACCACCAGCGGCACACUCAGGAAUAGCUUAGAAGCUGUUAAGUCGAGUUCGGGCAAUGCAAGUUCUAAACUGAUCACCACCACUACCACAAUGCGCACAGUUGCAAAUGGUGUACAAGAUAACGGUAGGGAAUUUCGCACUGCACAGGGGAAAUCCGAUGCGGCAGCGUCCAAGUCUGCUGGUUCAGUCACCAAAACAGUAGUUCAACCGGACGGCACAACUGUCACAACAACCACAACUUCAAGAACUUCAGCAGUCAAAUACGCUGUAGAGGCGAGUGCUACACACGAAAAAAUUUCAAGCUCCUAACGUCUAUAAAAUCCCCACCGUCUUGGGUAUUAGCAAAGAAGGUCCUAUACGUUCGGCACCGGCUUUCACAAUGGCCGGUAGACAAAAGCCACGACUAACCCCCGC